AUGGGGGGAGGGGUAAGGAUAAGGAUUGCAUAUAAUUCAACUCAUAUCUCUUUUUCCGUCAUAUUUAGACCAGUGUUGAUUUCAAGUAAACAUUUGCAAAAACAACUCAACAGUGAACAGCACCAGGACRAUGAUGGAGAAGUUGAGAGGACACUUCAGGCCAUGCGAUGGGGACUUAUUCCAUCAUGGUACAAGGGAGAUCCCAAAGAUUUCAGUCUGAGUACAAAUAAUGCUCGCUUUGAUUCACUCAUGGACAAGGCUUCCUACAAGAACCCCAUUAUACAAGGAAAGAGAUGUUACGCUAUUGUUUUUACUAUAAGGUUUUAUGAAUGGAAGACUUCCAAAGAUGGGAAAAAGCAGCCAUACUAYAUCUACUUCAAAAAUGAGGACCRAAAACCAGAAGAGAACGACRAUUCAUCUGAUUGUACUAAYAAAAGACUCCUUACCAUGGCAGGAGUCUUUGAUUGUUGGAAACCAGUCAAAGGUGCAGGUGAAACAGCAGAUGAUGGUUCAAUUUAUUCAUAYUCUAUCAUCACCCUUGAUGCAUCAUCUACAUUCAAUUGGCUCCAUCACAGAAUGCCUGCUGUUCUUGAUGGAGAUGAAGCAGUAAGAAUGUGGUUGGACUAUGAACAUGUCCCCCAUCACAAGGCCUUAAAGCUUUUAAAGYCAGUAACAGACUGUCUAGAUUGGCAUCCAGUCACACCUAGAAUGAAUAACAGCCGUUACAAGGACCCUGAUUGCACCAAGCCAAUAACACUCACUGAAAAGAAACCAUCCAAGGGUGGCCUCAUGUCAUGGUUGAUAAAAAGCCCAAAGAAAGAAAAUGAAAAUGAAGAAAGCUCAAAAACUGAUGAGUCACCAGCCAAGAGACAAAAACUAGAAUAAUAUCAUAAACAUACCAAUAGGAUAUUGUUUUAUGGAAAGUUUAAGAUGUUUUAAAAAAGGUUCAUAAGUUGAGAAAAUGUUUUGUAAACAAAAGACGUUCAUGCAUGCACAUCCUGUCUGUUUCUUAAUGCACAGAGGUUUCAGCCUCUUUUACAGUGCCAAAAAGUGAGAGAGGGGAACCCAUUCCUCUCAAAUACUUACUUAAUGUUUAAAAGUUGACAUUUAAAUAUCAUAUGAUAAUUAUUCCAUUUUUCAUGAGACCUAAAACUGUUUUCAACUUAAAAGUUUAUAUAAUAUUAUUAAAGAAAAUUGAAAGAUUACUAUAUAGUCAACAUUCUCAUUUUAAGUUUU